AUGGAAACUUCCGCAAAGACUUCAAUGAAUGUAAACGAUAUCUUCAUGGCGAUUGCUAAAAAACUACCGAUCGGUCCACCAGCCGGCGAGCCAAGCGGUACGGUGGACAUGAACCAGCCGCAACAGGCGCAGAAGGGUAAUUGCUGCAAGUAA